CCGGCCGGCGUGUCGUGAGCCUCCCAGCCGCAGGUGGCAGCAGCGGGUGGCAGCGGAGACUCCGCAGCGAGGGCGGCGGGGCGGAUACAACGUAGCGAGGUGGGCAAUGGAUACAAUGUAGCGAGGGCAGCGCCAGGAGCAUUCAGUCAAUGGGUACUAGGUUCUACCAGACUGGACCUGCCAACCCACAUCCCCACCACAGGAAAAAGAGAGGGGCCUUCUCCAUGGGGCAUGAGGACGUGGCCCUGCCCAAGGUCACACUGCUGGUGGCAGGGCAGGCCCGGGCCCUGGUGUCAGCACUGACCCUUCUGCUGGGAGGGCAUGGCUGGACUGGGUCUGAGUGAGGUGGGGUGCUAUGGAAUAUGACGAGAAGCUGGCCCGGUUCCGGCAGGCCCACCUCAACCCCUUCAACAAACAGCUCGGGCCGAGGCAGCAUGAGCAGGGGGCUGGUGAGGAGGCCCCGGACAUCACUUCUGAAGAGGCCCUGCCUGAGCUGCCCCCUGGGGAGCCGGAGUUCUACUGCCCCGAGCGCACGAUGGAUCUCGGUCUGUCUGAGGACCACUUUGCCCGCCCUGUGGGCCUGUUCCUGGCCUCUGACAUCCAGCAGCUGCGGCAGGCCAUCCAGGAGUGCAAGCAGGUGAUUCUGGAGCUGCCUGAGCACUCAGAGAAGCAGAAGGAUGCUGUGGUGAGGCUCAUCCACCUGCGGCUGAAGCUCCAGGAGCUGAAGGACCCCAGUGAAGAUGAGCCCAGUAUCCGAGUCCUUCUCGAGCACCGCUUCUGCAAGGAGAAGAGCAAGAGCGUCAAGCAGACUUGUGACAAGUGUAACGCCAUCAUCUGGGGGCUCAUUCAGACCUGGUACACCUGCACAGGGUGUUACUACCGCUGUCACAGCAAGUGCUUGAACCUCAUCUCCAAGCCCUGCGUGCGCUCCAAAGUCAGCCACCAAGCCGAGUACGAGCUGAGCAUCUGCCCCGAGGCAGGGCUGGAUAGCCAGGACUACCGCUGCGCCGAGUGCCGGGCCCCCAUCUCUCUGCGGGGCGUACCCAGUGAGGCGCGUCAGUGCGACUACACCGGCCAGUACUACUGCAGCCACUGCCACUGGAAUGACCUGGCCGUCAUCCCAGCUCGCGUGGUGCACAACUGGGACUUCGAGCCGCGCAAGGUGUCCCGCGGCAGCAUGCGCUACCUGGCGCUGAUGGUGUCGAGGCCGGUGCUCCGGCUCCGGGAGAUCAACCCUCUGCUGUUUAACUACGUGGAGGAGCUGGUGGAGAUCCGGAAGCUGCGCCAGGACAUCUUGCUCAUGAAGCCGUAUUUCAUCACCUGCAGGGAGGCCAUGGCAGCGCGUCUGCUCCUGCAGCUCCAGGACCGGCAGCACUUUGUGGAGAACGACGAGAUGUACUCCGUGCAGGACCUGCUGGACGCACACACGGGCCGCCUGGGCUGCUCGCUGGCAGAGACCCACACGCUCUUCGCCAAGCACAUCAAGCUGGACUGCGAGCGGUGCCAGGCCAAAGGCUUUGUGUGUGAGCUCUGCAGAGAGGGCGAUGUGCUGUUCCCCUUCGACAGCCACACGUCUGUGUGCACCGACUGCUCCGCCGUCUUCCACAGGGACUGCUACUACGACAACUCCACCACAUGCCCGAGGUGCGCCCGCCUCACCCUGCGGAAGCAGUCGCUUUUCCAGCAGCCCGGUCCCGACGCGGAUGCCUAGCUACGGAACCCCUCCUGGGCCUGUCUGGUGCCCCUCCUGUUGGUCGCUGGCCAGCUGAGGUGUCUCUUGUGCUCCGGAGGCCCCUGGGGUACUGCCCCUGGACCUCUCCCCGCUGCUGGGCCAGCGCCACAAGGACCGUCUUCCUCCUGGCACUUCCUGGGACUGGGGGUGGCCUUGCCUGGCUGUGAGUGUGCCUGGCCCCCACCCCCACAGGGUUUUUGAGGGGAGGGGAGUGGGAGACAACUUCUUCUCAUCCCCCUUUGGCCAAGAGACCCCCACAUCCUUGGGGCCAAGGCUGCUGGGCCUUGGGAAUCCUGGAGGGCUCUGGGGGAGUGGCUGGCAACCAGUGGUGCCUUGGCCUGAGUUCCACCUGCGGGGGUUGGUUUGGAUUCUGCCUGGAGGCUCCCUCUCCCUGGUCCCUUGUCUCUUUGGGGACCUCUGGUUGUCUUCGGCUGGGGCUGUUCACAACCGUCUCCCAAAGGCCCUGCCCAGCCUCCCGAGGUUCUCUCUCAGGGUCCUCCUCGGCAGGGCUGGUCCAGCAGUUAUCGGCUCUUCCUAUACAACACGGAAGGAAGGGGCCGUUGAGCUGUUACCCCUGGGUGGACCGGCCACUGCCCCCAACUUGUCCCAGCCCAGUUGACCCUGGUGCUCCAAGCUGGGUGGCUGGGGGUCCCACCCAAAGCAGCUGCCCUGCUUCCAGGUGUGGAGCAGGGACUGGGCCCCCGGGGUCAGGGUGGAGGGUAAGGUUCGGCAAACGGGUUGGUUGUAGCAGGUCCGGGAGGCGUUUCUCGGGAUCAGGUUUGCCUGAGGAGCUCCACCCUGCUGCCACGGUGCCUGUAGGGGCUCCAGAGGACUCAGAGACCCCCAAACAGGGGCCUUUUGUUUGGAGUCCUGAGAUCAGGCAAGAAGCCUUGUACAUGGGGCAUAGAGUGUGCAAGGCCCUGCCUCCAGCUGACAGAGGGACCCCGAGACGGAGGACUGUCCCACAGAUACCUAGUGGGGGAGCUGCGUUUGGUAGGGAUGCUUUUUGCUUUGGACACCCUGCCGUCCAGGGAAGGCUCAGAGGAAGAGGACGUUUCAGGACACGGCUCCCCAGUCUCUCCUGCCCUUCUCCUUGCUCUGGAUGGUGCCUGGCUGUCAGCGCCCAUGGCUGACACACACAGGUGGGGGCCACUUGGCUUUUAACUGGGAAGCCCAAGAGGAGAGGCUUGGCCAGCAAAAAGACCAGCUUAGCUCACUGGCUGAUACGAGAGGGUGGGCAAAUACAGCACCAUCCCCCCCCCCCCGCCCUUGCCCCUCUGCACCACCGGGAAAACCCUACACUGUGGCUUAAGGCAGUCCCCUUGCUGUCUGUCCCGAUCUGCCUCAGCACAGCCUCGCUGUGUCACAGUGAGAAGCAAACCUGCUCCCCCUUCCUCUCGGGUUGAAGAGGGAGUGAAAGGCAAGAUGCCCUUUCCCUGCACCCCUAGAUCUGCACAUCUCUCACUGCUGUCGUAGGGAUAGUGGUUAUUCCUGAAUUUACUGUAUAAUCAACACCAUAUUGUUCCAGCUGCAAUCACUGUGUCCAUAAGAAAUGUUAGGAUGCUGGCAUUUGCGGGACGAAGCUGGCCCUUAUUUUGUUUUAACCACCCCCACAUUACCUCCUCCCCCAAUACCUCUUUUCCACCUAACCCUUCUGGAUGACAAAUUCUUUAAACAGACUCACGUGUGGGUCGUUCUGAGUCCACACCAUGGUAGCAAGAACCCACCAAGGGGAGAGCAGGAGGCUCACCCAGCUGUACCAGAGUUGCAGCUGCUGUCUCAUUAAAUCUGUGUUCUCCAGA